AGCGCGCCGCCAAAUGAACACGAACCGGCAGCAGAAUUACAAGAUUCCGAGGGAUCGAAUCAGAAAACGCUCUCGGUUGUGCCGCGGCAGCCGAGACCUAGAGGAGACGAAGAAAUCUGAGCAGCAGCCUCUGGAGCGCAGACGGAAAUCCCUCUUGCUCUUCGGAACAUGCAGCUGCCAGGCAAGUGACUAGACGGGAAGUCGGGCACCAAAUCGGCCCCCCUUUGCUUUCGCGAGAUCGAACUCCGGUCUCGCUCCACGGCAAUUCCCCCUCGUCCUUGUCCUCCCACCACCACCACCACCACCUCUACUGGUGCAGGAUUGCCAUGGAGUCGAGAUCCAUCCGGUCUUAGCAUUGAUCUCCUUUGCUGUUUUUGACCUGCCACUGCACAAGACUUGGGAAUGCAGAAAAAUGUGCUUGCACUACAACAAGCAACUAUUUCGUGCAAACAAGACCCGAGCUUUGUUCAAGCUGAUAUUACUGGACUCUCACGAGAAUGUGCUGCAUGAUUCCAUUCUUCUUUUACGUGUUUUAAAGCACAGCAGAUUGAAGGCCUCUAGAUUUUUAGAUCAUCAUCUUGGAGACGACGGUUAACAUCUGCUGCAUUCUCUUAUAUAGGUGGUGUGUGGUGUUUAUUCAUUUUACUAUCUUUGUAUAGCUUGGUAUGAUGGACGGGAGGAGGACUAUCUUGAUGGGACGAUAUGAAAUCGGGAAACAACUGGGACAAGGAAACUUCGCAAAGGUAUAUUAUGCUCGGAAUCUUACAACCGGCCAAGCUGUUGCCAUAAAGAUGAUUAACAAGGACAAGGUCAUGAAGGUUGGGCUCAUGGAGCAGAUAAAGAGGGAAAUUUCAAUAAUGAGAUUAGUGAAGCAUCCAAAUGUUCUGCAGCUUUUUGAGGUUAUGGCUAGCAAGAGCAAGAUUUAUUUUGUUUUGGAGUAUGCUAAAGGUGGUGAGCUUUUCAACAAAAUAGCUAAGGGGGGAAAGCUUAGUGAGGAUGCUUCUAGGAAAUACUUUCACCAAUUGAUCGGUGCCGUCGAUUAUUGCCACAGUCGAGGUGUUUAUCACCGUGAUUUGAAGCCUGAAAACCUACUACUGGAUGAGGAUGAAAACCUUAAAGUCUCAGAUUUUGGUUUGAGUGCCCUAGCAGAGUCCAAGAGGCAAGAUGGUCUUCUCCAUACCACAUGUGGAACUCCAGCUUAUGUUGCUCCUGAAGUGCUCAGCAGAAAAGGCUAUGAUGGUGCAAAGGCAGAUAUAUGGUCAUGUGGAGUAAUUCUGUUUGUGCUUGUGGCUGGUUACCUUCCUUUCCAUGACACAAAUUUGAUAGAGAUGUACAAAAAGAUAUCCAGAGCAGAGUUUAGAUGCCCUCGUUUUUUCUCUGCCGAGCUGAAAGAUCUGCUACAUAAAAUCCUCAAUCCAGAUCCAAGUACUAGAAUUUCUAUAUCAAGGAUAAAAAGAUGUGCUUGGUACAGAAGAUCGGUUGAGGUCAAUGCAAAGAAAAGCGAGGCCGAGACAAUGGAGAACACUUUUACAGGUGAAGCUACAACUUCUGGUUCAACAGAAUGUGGCACGUCUGAGGGAAAUCAAGGGUCAUCAAGCCUCCCAAACUUGAAUGCAUUUGACAUCAUCUCUCUCUCAACAGGAUUUAAUCUUUCUGGUUUUUUUGAGGAUAAGUAUGGUCGCAGGGAAGAACGAUUUACCACCAGGCAGCCGUUAACGACAGUUUUUACAAAGUUGAAGGAGCUCGCCAAACGCUUAAAGCUAAAGGUUAAGAAGAAAGAAAACGGAAUCUUGAAAUUGGCAGCUCCAAAGGAAGGAAAGAAGGGCGUUCUUGAGCUUGAUGCAGAGCUUUUUGAGGUUGCUCCUUCUUUGCUGUUAGUUGAACUGAGAAAAACCAAUGGGGACACUAUGGAGUAUCAAAAGCUAGUGAAAGAAGAGAUAAGGCCAGCACUUAAGGAUAUUGUUUGGGUUUGGCAAGAUGAUCAGCACCUGCUCUCACAACCAAAUCUGCAAGGACAGCAGCCGCAGUCUCCAUUCUCACCACCGCAGCCACAGGAUCAGUUGCGACCAUCAUUGCCACAGGAGCAGCAGAACUUGUUUGAAGCGCCAUUGCCAUCACAACAACCGUUGGACGAGUUGCAACCGCCAAUUGGGCCAGUGCAACCUGAGCAGCUGUCACCACAGGAGCCGUUGGACCAGUUGCAAUCACCAAUCGCUCCAGAGCAACAAAAUAACUAGUUCUAACAGCAAGCUGGUAAUUCGUAUGUUCUUCUCAGCCAUAGUUCAUAGUUGUACUUCUGUUUUUACUUUUUGUUCUUUCUGUUUCUAAUUCUUCUGAAAUUGUAAAGUUGUAUGCCUGUAUGUAUUGCAGAAGUGCCAUGUAUUUCAAUGUGGAAUCUACUAUAGAAUGCAUCUGAUGUCAAAACAAAUUUUUUUGACGAUUGAAAAGUCAUUGUUCUUGGUUUCCUCUGCAAUCUCGUUGUUAUGAGCAGAUCUAGCGCUGUGGGCUUCGGCAUAUCCUUUAUG